AUGCAAUUCACCCUCCUCACAACCACCCUCCUCGCCUCCCUCUCCCCCGUCCUAGCCCAAGGCCCCGGAAACCGCCCUGGACUCUGCUACCCCUCCACCUGCGGCUAUGAACUCGUGAACCGCGGAACCCACACACAAAGCGACAUUGCGAUGAUGAAGUGUGGGCGCACCGACACAUGUGGCGGCCAGGAAUGGAACACGAUUUUUUCCAUGGGCCUGAGUGGAACGUGGUCUGCCAUGAAUUUCUGCAGCACAGGAUGCUACAUUGAGAAGAAGGGCAUUUGUCAGUUGGGCAAGUGCCAUUAA